AAAUUGAGUUUUCAGGUCCACACGGAAAACAGCCUUUUCAAAACCGGGCAAAAAAUGUUUUUGUCUAUUUUUUAUUAUUAUUCUCGCUUGUGCCGGGACAUUGUAGGAUGAAUGUUGAGAUGUUUAAGGGCACCACGGUGUGACCAAUAGGGUCUGAAUUGAGUUGAGCAGGAGGAGGGCGUUGCCUGUGUGUGGUGAUGGGCGGGCUCUGGCUGGUGAUGGAAGCGUCGCCCUCUAUAAAAGUCCCGACCCAGUCACGCCGACGUUUGUCUGCAGUCAGAGUGAAGUCAAGAAGGUGUAGUAGCAACUAACUUUAGUCUUCUAACAAGCUAACGUUCGCGAUUAUUAUAAGCGCACUUCGAUUGAUUUCUUUGCCGUCGUCCCGGCUUUCGUUGAGCAGCUACAACACAAAUGGCGUGGAAUUCUCGCAACUCCUACGGCGGCCAGAGGGGGGGGGACCCCUACGACUCGCGUGGCUACCGCGACUCCUAUGAUUCUGGAUAUGGAUCGAGAUACGAACACACGCAGUGUUCAGAUGGCGUGCCCGUGUAUACGGACGGUUGCUGCACGAGGAACGGCCAGCCAGGGGCCUCUGGAGGGGUAGGCGUGUACUGGGGUGAAGGAAACCCAAUGAACGUAAGUGAAAGACUUGGAGGACGCCCGACCAACCAAAGGGCAGAAAUAGAAGCUGCUUCUCGCGCUCUGGAGCAAGCGCGGGAAAUGAACCUGGACAAGCUGACUAUCCACACAGACAGCAAAUUCACUAUCGAUGGUGCCACCAAGUGGGUGAAUACCUGGAAGCAAAAUGGAUGGAAGACUGUCACAGGAGAACCGGUGAAAAACAAAGCUGAAUUUCAGAAACUGGAUCGACUGAGCCAGGGAAUCGAUGUCACUUGGAAGCACGUUCCGGGUCACAGUGGCCACAAAGGUAAUGAGGCUGCGGAUCGGCUGGCCCGGGAAGGAGCCAGAAGGAAGUGACUUCAUGUGCAGAUGGGGCGGCAUUGCAGCAACGAGCGGUGUUCAUUUGUCUUGUCCCUUGGUCUACUGGUAUAUACACCAUCGUGUGCUGACGUGUUCUUUGAUGUUUCAAUAUUGGCUGCAGUCCAUACGCAAAACAAGUAUUGUAAAAUAAUAUAGCUUGAGCGAAUAGCUUUGGUUUUUUUUGGUUGUUUGGCAUGUUCGGUAGAAUGCCAGUUCCUGAUAAAGCUCUUGGUACUUGGAACGAAACGUCGGGCAACACCAAAUGCGGCGCAACUAGACACUUGUAAUAUUUUGACGAAGCUUUAAAUUAUAAUUGAAAACUACACAUGAUCGUUGCUUGCAAGUGGAAUUUUUUUGGAUAUGAAAGCAUGUACAAGCCGCUGUGGUUUUCGUGGGCUCUAUUCACAUUUCGUAAUUUCAGAAAUUUACGUGGAAUUGUUACGAAACUAAAAUAUAGCUUGUGUUGGUCAUUAUACACGUUAUGUUUGGUGGCCAUGAUGGUCAAAAAAAAAGUUACAUUUACGAUACUGACAAAAAACAAGUUUAACAAAAAAAAUUUGCUUAGCUGUGGUUUGUGUUGCUGUUUUAAUAAGUGUCCUCAAUGGUGGUCGGGGGGGGGACCCCUAAAAUGUUUACAAGUGCAAAUUGGAAAUGCACUUUGAAAACGAAAAUAUGGAGCAGUGCAAAGCAAACUCUCAACAUGUUCGCGGCUCUCCAUUCACCAGGAAGUCCAGUUUAGUCCUGUUCAUUGACUACUGUUUCAUUCGAGUGUUUGUGCCAAAAUUUGCUUCUAGUUUUAGGUAUUUUUACUGUUUUUAUGUUUGCAUAUAGCAUUACAACCUGUCAGAAAAGUUUGACUUUCUGCUCAAAUGAGCAUUGAGGCAAGUACUCGUGUAUGUUUAAAGCCCUGAGCCAGUGGUUGAGAAUGCCACCAAGUUCUGAAUGGAACGGGUGAGUAUCCAUAAGAAAACUACCGUUGACUUCCCAAAAAAGUGGUACUUAUUUUAUUGGACCCAGAGGGAUAAUUGGCCAAGUUAAUCCCCAACCAACUAGGAUUUUAACUCUCUAUUUCUUAAGAUUGUGAGCCACUGUCUCUUGCCACUGAUAUUCUGGCCAAUUACGAGCUAUACAUGGGUGAAAUAUCUUCAUGGAAAUAACAGGGUUUUAAGAAAAUGAAUGUAACCUCAUGAACUCCACCCAGGAGUUAUCCAGAUUCAUUGAAGACACUUAAAAGGCAACUCUUACGAGUCGAUGCUAUUUUACUCUUAAAUCACUUGUUACUUUGCACGUUUUGGUUUGGAAUUGCUCAUUUUGAAUGUUUGCUGUUGGAGUUAAUGCAUCGCCUCGGUAAGCCACUGCCUCUGCUUAUAUAAGGGUUUUAAGGAAACUAAUGUAACCUCAUGAACUCCACCCAGGAGUUAUCCAGAUUCAUUGAAGACACUUAAAAGACGACGCUUAUGAGUCGAUGCGAUUUUACUCUUAAAUCACUUGUGUUACUUUGCACGUUUUGGUUUGGAAUUGCUCAUUUUGAAUGUUUGCUGUUGGAGUUAAUGCAUCGCCUCGGUAAGCCACUGCCUCUGCUCAUAUAAUAAUAAUUCUGUGAUAACAUGUUUAUGCAUAAAGUUAUUGGCAUUUAUGUCCAAAUGCAUGUCAAGGUGCAGGCAUACUAUUAAUUUUCAACAUGAUGUGGGUUUCAAUUGGCGGAAAAAUAAUUUGACCUUUUAAAAAUAAUGAUUGCUCUUUUAAAAUAAGUUGAAGUAAUGUACCAUUUUCUAGAAUUUGUCUCUAUAACUGCCAUUAUCGGUGUCAUGUACUGUGAUCAAUGUGCAGCUUUUACAGUGUUUCACAUUAUCACUAAUUUGGCUAUAAUCCGAGUUUAUAUUUAAAUAAAUGACACUUGUUUCAGAAAAAAUAUACAUUUCAGAAACCCAAUGAUCGUACUUGAUUGCGUUUGUUAAAAUUUGCAGUGCAUGAGCAACUUGCUUUCAUGCUUUUGCGUCUACCAAUGUUUUAUUAGAUUUAUAUGGAUGCUGCGAUUUUACAUGGCCAUGUUAAUGUUAAGGCCAGUUAUUACAAAACAUUUUAUGUUUGUGCAUCGGCAGGAAUACAUUGUUGACCUUCA